GCCGCCCAAGAACGAGCUCAUCCUCCAGGACUUCGAGAUGACGGGCGCCGUGACGCGAGAGAGGAGGAGGAGGACAUCGACGUCACAGGAGCCGCCAGCCCUCUCGUGGGCGGCAUGUCAGACUCCGAGGCCGAAGAGCAGCCGGAGAAGGAGGAGAAGGAAGGCGACGCCAAGAAGAGCGAGGAGGAGGCCCAGGACGGGGAGAAGAAGAAGCACGAGAAGCCCCACUACAGCUACAACGCCCUCAUCAUGAUGGCCAUCCGCUCCUCGCCCGAGAAGCGCCUCACCCUCAGCGGCAUCUACGAGUUCAUCAUGAAGAACUUCCCGUACUACCGCGAGAACAAGCAGGGCUGGCAGAACUCCAUCCGCCACAACCUCAGCCUCAACAAGUGCUUCGUCAAGGUGCCGCGCCACUACGACGACCCCGGCAAGGGCAACUACUGGAUGCUGGACCCUUCUGCCGAAGAGGUGUUCAUCGGAAGCACGACGGGCAAGCUGCGUCGCCGCUCCACCGCCGCCUCCAGGAACCGCCUCGCCGCCUUCAAGCAGUCGCUGCUCGGCCGCUUCGGCUGCUACUCGCCCCUGGGCCUGGCGCCCUACGCGGCAGCCGCGGCGGCGGCCGGCCUCGGGGGCCCCUGGCCUCCCUGCCCGGGGCGCUCUCCGGCGGCCUGGCCUCCGCCCCCCUCUACCAGCAGGCGUCGGCUGCGGCGGCCGCGGCGGCGCUCUACCGCGGCUACCCCGCCUCCUACUACCCCGGGAUGCUUCCGGGGGGCCCCGUGCCGCCCGCAGGACCCAGCCCGCCCUCAGGCCUGCCCAAGCCGACCGCCCUGAGCCCCGCCGCCGUCCAGCAGUCGCCGCCCGCCGUCCAGCAAAGUCCCGCCUCCUUCAGCGUGGACCACCUGCUCUCUGACACGCCGCCCUCCACGCCCCCCCGGGCCCUCCUCAUGGGCCUGGGCGGCAUCUCCUCCCCCGUCCACUACGACGCCUACAGGAACUCGCUCCUGGCCCAGAUGGGCGAGGCCGGGCGCCGCCACGGCAUCCACCGCCCCGUCACCGUCGUGGGCGGCCGCCCCAGCUAACUCUGCCCCCAUCCCCACGCCCACACCCUCAUCCUUGCGCGGGCGGGCAAGUCAGCCCACUGGCCGCCUCCGCUGCCACGUCGCGCCGCCCGCGAGAAUCCGCCCAUCGUAUGACCUCCCCUUCCCGCCCACGCCCGCAUCCUCGCACUGCCGUCGCCUCCUGCUCCGCCCGGACUCCAAUGCCCUCAAUCAGCUGAAACCCCGACGGACAUUCUCGAAUCGGCUCGUCUAGCUCAGCGCCCUUCGCCCUCGAGAGACCACGCCCCUCGCCCUCGAGAGACCACGCCGCCUCGCCCUCGAGAGACCACGCCCCUCGCCCGUUCCCGACACCGAAGGAGGGAGAGGGAGAUUCGAGAGAAAAAAGAAAAAGAGACAGAAGGGAAGACGGUUGUUUUUCUUCUUCGUUUUUCAAGAGUUUAAAAAAAAAACAAGAACGCGAAGAGAUGUCAC